AUGGCCACCAAAACAAAGACAGCCAGCUCCGCUAAGGUUGGCCCCAAAGGUAUCACCUUUUCGGGAGACACCUUUGUCGUUCCCGAAACCCACGAUAUGGUGAAAACUCUUUUCGAUCCUACAGUGAGAAAAUCGAAUCUUGAGUUUAUCAUCUUGGCCUGUUUGUUUCUGAACCUCUUGGUCUUCUGGCUUGUUCCGGAAAACAGUCUCCGCAUCCCCAUUUUCAUCGGCUUCUACAUCUUCUGGCGUUUGUCGUACAAUUUCGGAAUUGGCUACUUAUUGCACAACCAAUCCAAAUAUAACAGAUUGGUAGAAUGGUCUCGUAAUCUUCGUCUUUUCGACGCCAAGUCGAACUCAGCCUUAUCUAAAUUCAUCAUUGCUGAAAUCAAAUCGCAAAGAGGUGCCGAAUAUGACAUCGACAGCUAUCCAAUAGAAUUCAACACCUGGUUGGUUUUCAGAAAGUUUGUAGAUUUGGUGCUUAUGCUGGAUUUCGUCACCUUCAUCUGUGUGGUCUGGACUUGUGCCAUCAAUAACAACAACGAAUUCCUUCAUGACCAGAAGAUCUGGUUGGUUAACACUAGAUUAGUCGUAGGUUUUGGUCUUAUCGUUUUUAACUUCUGGGUCAAAGUAAAUGCCCACAAUACCAUUAAAGAUUAUGCUUGGUAUUGGGGAGACUUCUUCUUCCGCCAAAUCAACAAUGAAGAGUUGAUCUUUGAUGGUGUAUUCGAAAUGGUGCCUCAUCCAAUGUACUCUGUCGGUUAUAUCGGCUAUUACGGCUUUGCCUUAAUUGCCAAAUCUUACACCGUCUUGGUAAUUGCCAUUUUCGGCCACUUCUUACAAAUGAUUUUCUUGCAUUACAUUGAAAAUCCUCACAUUGACAAGAUUUACGGACCUUCCAAAAACCAAAUCAACCUUUUCAAAUUAUUGAAGUUGAGAGAUUUGAAGAACUUUGACAACUUGAAACCUUUGGUUGGCUUGUACAAUUUCAACUACCUCAGAGGCUCCGAUGUCAUGAACUUGAUAUUAGUGGGUACUUAUGCUUUUGUUCUCCCAAUCUUCGCUUCUUCUGCUGGUAACCGUUUCGAUUUUGUUUUCUUUUUAGCUGUUGGAAUAAAGUUAUUGGAAUCAUUUUCGAUCAACACUCUUUUGACUUUACAGAGCCAUUCCAAGUUCUUCACGAAGUGGUAUUUGUCAAACGACAUUCCUUUGGAAAAAUCUUUGAACAACUGGGCUGUUAUUUACAACUCAUUGAUCAACUUGACGUAUGCCUCCUUGUUUGGUUUAAACUUUUACCAGUAUUUGCAAGGAUUUACUUCUGAGCUAUUGUUCAGUCAAUGGCUCUACUUGAGAGUAUUUGUAGGUUUGCUUCUUAUUUUCACCCAAUCUUGGAUCAACUCUUCCAUCAUCGAUCUGAUUGGCUAUUUCGGCUGGUUUUACGGAGACUUCUUUAUUCCAAAGUCUUACAGUUCUAUGCAACACUUGACCAAGGCUGGUGUAUAUCGUUACUUGAACAACCCAGAACAAAUUUUUGGUGUUUGUGGCGUCAUGGGUGUGUUUAUUAUGGUUCCAUCUGUCGAAAAUCUUGUCUGCUGUUUCUUGUGGGUUGCCAACAACUUUGUGAGAAUCAAUUUUAUUGAAAGGUGGCACAUGAUCAAGGUGUAUGGUGAACAAGAAGUUUUGCAAGAUUCGGGUGUAACUAAGACAUUCAAGAAGCACUUGAUUCCAGAAGUGAUUCUGAGAAGAUUGAGUAAUGACACGGAAAACAACCAGAAUAUUAGAAGAAGAAAGAGCUCUUCUUUCACCAUCACUGACUCAUUGGAUAACUUUAUCAAGGAAUUGAAGACGUCAAAGACCAAGUUGUCAAAGCAAAAGUUGAUCGAAUUGUCACAGAGUUUGUCAUUCGAGAACUCAGAUUAUAAGUUAAAUGUAAGUGGAUUACAAGCCACCACCGAAAAGGAUAGUGAAUACUUGCCAAACUACGUUGAUGUUGGAUCUCCAAUCGAAGUGCAAUGGACUUCACCCAAGGAAACCCACUCUGAACGUGAUUGGAUUGGAUUAUACAGAAUUAUCCAAACUUCUUACUCAAGAAAUAAGACCUUACUUUCUUCUUCAGGUCGUUGGACUUUCUGUAAGGAAUCCAGCGGUAAGUUCACUUUUGCUGGAAACAAAUUAUUCUGGGAAGAGGGGGUCUAUGAAUUCAGAUACCAUUUGAAUGGUCUGCAUGAUGUUGCUUACAUCAGUGAACCAUUUGAAGUGAGAAUUCCAAGUGUUUCUGUUCCGUUGGAUGACCUGAAGUCAGAUGAGUUAGCUAAAGAUUUGCAAGUCAAAUUUUUCAGCAAGUUGUUGAACACGCGAUCUGUGGACGAUUCAAUUUCAGAAGCGGCCAGCGAAUCUGACAACGUAUUGGAAGUUUACAAGUUGUUGAGUAAGAUCAUUUCCCAAGCUACCAAUGUGCUGAUUGGUCCAAAGGUGUUCCUCCAACACGAUGCACCAAACACAGUAGCUACACUCUCUAGCAAGAUCAUCCACAUCAAGAAAGUUUUGGAGGAAUUGUCCAAUAUCCAGAACUAG